AACUUUCUUCUUUGAAUCAUGACAAGACACAAUUGCUAGAAACUCUUUUGGAAAAAAAUUAUGGGGGUUCCGAAGACUUGCUCCUUGGAGAACUGCAGUUUGCAUUCAUUGCCUUUUUGGCAUGAUGGGUCAGUCGUUAGAAGCAUUUCUCCAGUGGAAAUCCUGGCUUAGCUUUCUGUUUGGCUGCACCGAAGCAGUAGGAGUAGGACUACUUGGAAUAGAUAGAGCUUUGGUUUUGAUGUACUUACGGCAGCUGCAUGCACUUCUUCUAUUGCAAAGGUCACAUAAUCUUUGAACUGUUAGGACUAUUAGAUGUUCAUAAUUCUGCCCUGUUUAAUUGUCUAUUAUGAAGUUUAUGGGAACCAUGUAUGGAAACAAGUGCUAGAUUCAAGCUUAACGGUGGAAAACUAUGCUCGCAAUUACUUGGAGGUUAGAAUUUAGCGCAGAGAGUGUGUUCUAUUACAGGUCUGAUGCGGGCAGAACCUGCGACUGCUUCAGGUCGGAUACGGGCUGGUGCUUUGCAGAAUGCUACCGUGGCUGAGCUUGGUGCGUCGUGGACAAAUUCUGCUGUUGUUAAUAGGAUUAGACAACCUCUGGGAUGAUUCAAAUAUAAUAUUGAUGCAUCAUUUUCGUCGAAUUUAAAUAGAGUUGGCAUUGGAAUAUGAAUCCGUGAUGAAUUUGGUCAAUUUGUGCUUUCAAAGACAGUCUGGAUUGCCUUCAGGUCUGAUACGGGCUUUUGCUUUGCAGAAUGCUACUGUGGCUGAGCCUAGUGCGGCGUGGACAGAUUCUGCUGCUGAUUGGAAAAGACCAACUCUGGGAUGAUUCAAAUGUAAUAUUGAUGCAUAAUUUUCGUCGAAUUUAAAUAGAGUUGGCAUUGGAAUAUGAAUCUGUGAUUAACUUGGUCAAUUUGUCCUUUCAGAGACAGACUGAAUUGCCCUUUAUUGUGGAGUGGAUGUUGGUGAAGCUCUUGGGUUUCUGCAUACUCUAAUUUAGAGAAGAAAGCACCAGAUUAUGUUGUUCAAAAGGCAUAAUAUCAGGAGCCCUUUCUGCACAAGGUUCAAUAUGGAAUUAUUGCUGUUUCAAAUGCAAUGGUGGAAGAUUUUGGUGAAUGGAAGGAGGGGCAAUGGCUUUUCAUGCAGAAGUGGCCGAGCGAAUUAAUUCAGUAGGUGUAUGUCUUUUUUAUUCACAUGGUUGGGGAUAUUGACAGAUUGCAAUGGUUAGCUGAUCUGGGAGGCGCUUAUUCAGUGAAAUCAGCAUAUGAGGUAAUUUCAAAUGGGGGUAUCCAUCACAGAUUGCAAUGGUUAGCUGAUCUGGGAGGCGCUUAUUCAGUGAAAUCAGCAUAUGAGAUGUUCUCUGUUGGACCUGCUUUUAAGGGUAUUAAGAUGAUUCCUCCGGGUACUCAUUUUGUCUACUAUAGUUCAUCAACCCGGGAUGGAAAGGAAUUUUCACCGAUUGUUGGAUUCUUCAUUGAUGUUGGCCCUUCAAAGGUAAUUGUUCGUAAAUGGGACCAACAAGAGGAAAGGCUAGUCAAAGUAUCUGAGGAAGAGGAAGGAAGAUAUAGUCAGGCUGUUAAAAAUAUGGAGUUUGACCAACGUCUCGGGCCUUACAAUCAUAGCAACUGUGAAGAUUGGAAGCGAUUAUCUAAUUUCGUUUUAAAGGGCAUCAUCGAACGGCUUGAGCCCAUCGGAGGAGAAAUCAGUGUUGAUUGCAAAAAUGAUAUGUUUAGAAACACUCCUAAAACAUCAAUGGAGGAAGCACUAGACAAGCAGCUAAAGGUUGGUAAUUCUGCAACGUCUAUUGGCACAAACCAGAGAAAAGGAUGUUAUUAUACAUCGGUUCCACAUGGUGUAAAACGCAAUCAUUGCCUUUUGAUGGGUCAGUCGUUAGAAGCAUUUCUCCAGUGGGGAAAUCCUUGCUUAGCCUUCUGUUUGGCUGCACCGAAGCACCUUUCCACACGCGAACUCGGCUAUUCACCAAGGACUUCUUUUCAUUGGUGCUAGAUGGAUCAGUUGUUGAUGGAGAUAUUUUAAAAUGGACAAGGAAAUUUAAGGAGCUAUUAGAGAAUAGUCUAGGGUGGGAGUUUCAGCAGAGCAGUGUUGUCGAUGGUUUGUAUUUUGAUGAGAAUGAUGAG